CAGGUGGACCCUUAUGGAAACAUUCUUCUCAGCUCUUUGGAAAUGAACAAUGAAUUGUUAGCAUCGGAUAUGAUGACCACAGGAGGAGAAUCACGAAACUCUGUCAUGUCCUACGAAGGAUCAGGAAUUCAGUUUCGCAAGCAGCUGGGACCCCGAGAUGGUUUUGGGCACCACGCCCCUCUAGAACGCCGCGUCCCACUGACCCACCAUGCAGCAGUCCGUAAUCGUGCCAACUGCCGACUCCGUCGACGGUCGUCCAAGCUGAAGCUCAAAAUCCCCGACCUGGCGGAUGUCAGCACCAUUGACAAAUGGUCAAGGAUCAUUUUCCCCAUCGCUUUUGGAUUCUUCAACCUGGUUUACUGGUUGUACUAUGUAAAUUGAUGCCUGCAGACCAGAGGAAGAAUAGGGGAAGACACUCAGACUUUGACAACAACACAGGAGUGCGGCGACCUUCGGGGUUUGGUUACUCUCUUGAUUAUGACCAAUUUUUUCACUCCAUCCCCCAGCUUUGAUUUACAUUUCUGCAAAUCGUUAUUCCUCUUUUCAGCACAUGAUGCGCACACAGAGUUUGCGUGGUGGGCUGUGUGGGUUUGUUGAAGGGGGAGGGAAUGGUUUUCAGGGAUUUUCGUACCUUCCCCCUUCCCUCCCCCCUCUCUUAUGCUUGAAAUACUUCACCCCCAGGGAUGGGUAUUGGGGGGUGGGGUGGGGAAAGAGGGAGAUAAUCUCUGUCUUUUUUUAAAAUU